CCUGCCCUUGAGGCGGGGACGGGGCGGCCGGGAGCCGGGGCCGUUCUGCCUCUUGGUCUUGGCGGCGGGCUGGAGGACUGCACACUGCAGGUCUCGCCAUCGGGACACUACCUGGAUCUUGAACUAUCACUGCUGGAACAGAAAGAUGAGCUGGAAGGGUUCUAUGAGGAAGCAAGCAAAGGGAGGCGACCAACUCUUAUCGUGCGCACUCAGCUUUCUGUUCGAGUCCAGGCCAUCCUCGAAAAGCUGUACAACUCCCAGGGGCCGGAGCUGAGGCGCUCUCUUUUCUCCCUGAAGCAGCUCUUUCAGGAGGAUAAGGACCUGGUGCCGGAGUUUGUGAACCUAGAGGGGUUGACGUGCCUGAUCAAAGUGGGGGCACAGGCUGACCAGAAUUACCAGAACUACAUCCUGCGAGCACUGAGUCAGAUCAUGCUCUUUGUGGAUGGGAUGCAGGGGGUGAUUGAUCACAAUGAGACAGUGCAAUGGCUCUACACGCUGACUGGGAGCCUGUACCGCCUGGUGGUGAAGACAGCACUGAAGCUGCUGCUUGUGUUUGUGGAGUACACGGAGUCCAACGCCCAGCUUCUCAUAGAGGCUAUCAACAUGGUGGACCAGAAGAGAGGUGCAAAUCCAUGGUCAAACCUGAUGGCAAUCCUAGAGCAGCGCAAUGGGGCUGACACAGAGCUGCUGCUGUUCACCAUCAUGCUCAUUAACAAGACACUGGUGGCUCUCCCAGACCAGGACUCAUUCUAUGAUGUGACGGACUGUCUGGAGCAACAGGGAAUGGAGAGCAUCAUGCAGCAGCACAUGAACAGCAAAGGCACCGAUCCUGACUUGAAGCAGCAGUUUGCAAUCUAUGAAAGUGCACUCAGAUAUGAAGAUGGGGUUGAGGAGUCGCCAUUGGGAGCACGCAAGGAACGAAGGAAAACAGAUGAGGGCCGGCGGGGCUGGCGCUCCUUAGGGGGUGGUAUAGAUGUCAGUUUCACUGCCAGCUCCCCAAGCCCAGUCCAGGAAAGCAACCGUCUGGCUGAGAACUCCAGCACCUUGAUAGAAUCCCCUGCCAAAGACCUUCAUCCCCCAGCACCCUCACCCCCUGUAGAGGUUGUUACUGAAAGCAGCCCAGCACAGCCAUGCUUUCAGAGUGUUUACAACAGUGCCUCUAAUGUGCAGCUCUCUGUGCCAGCUGUGGCAGGGGAGAGGGAGCAACCCAGCAUCGUUGGGGAGAGGAGCAUUUACAAACUGCACCAUACUACCCCUAUUUGGCAAGAGGAGAACCCCCCUUUGCAUGGGGACAAGCCCAUUCUGAGGAAGUUUGAAACUCGCUUCCUGGAAAACCUCGCUGCAUCCCAAAAGGAGAAGAUUUCAGCCAUGGCCAAGGGGCAGAUUGACAUCUUCACUGAGGUUGCUCUCGGGCACACUGCAACCGUGUUUCCACCUGGAAGAGAUGGCAGUGUCUGUGAGCCUGACACAGAGCUGACUGCUACAGGAAGGAGGAGCAAAAUGGAGGAGCAGAACAAAGCGGUUAAUGAGAUGGAGCCGUGCUCAGCCAAGAGCACACAGGGGAGAGAUGAGAAGCAGGGCAAUACAUCAGGGCCCAGCCUCCCCUGGCACGAGAGCACCGAGUCCUGCAGCACCAUCUCCUCUGACAAGAAGUUCAUGUUAGACAUGCCAUUUGGUAAAAAGUGCAUGGAGUCAGGGAGGGAGCAGCUCUUCCCUGAAACACCGACCUCAUCUCUGCCCCUGGCAGAGGCCAGGGACAUGCCAAACCAUGCUGACACACAGGGCCUGGCAGGUGCCUGGCCCCACAGCAAGGCCCCUGAUGCCCAGGGCAGGCUGGUGCAGGCCCAGUCCAGUAUUGAUGCAGACAUCAAUUCUCAGAACUUGGAGAGAGCCCUCGUGACCCCAUUCAAAAAAGAUUCUGAGUUCACAUGGGAUUGGCAGGAGACCAGCUCCAAGGCGCUGAAGAUCAAGGACCUGGACUUCUCAGACCUUUGCAAUGAGGAAGAUUUUGAUGUCCUAGAUACAGCAACAAUAGAAAAUGGCUCUUUACAUGCGCCUCCUCCUUUGCCUCCUGGUAUUGGGCUGAUGGCUGAAGGAGGCCCCAUGGCAUUGCCACCACCACCCCCUCCUCUUGGCUGUCCUCCACCUCCUCCCCCAGUCCCUGGCUGCCCCCUGCCCCCACCACCUCCUGCACCUCUUGGGUCCUCCAUACCCAAUGGCCAUUCCCCACCCAAGAAAAAGAAGACUGUGAAGCUCUUCUGGAAGGAGCUCAAGCAGCCUGAUAACUGCACUGGGGCUGGCAAAUUUGGCCAGGCCACCGUGUGGUCUUCCCUGCAGAGAGUGGAGAUUGAUGCUGCCAAGCUGGAGCAUCUCUUUGAGUCCCGGGCCAAGGAAGUGCCAAGUUCCAAGAAAGCUGUUGAUGCGAAAAAGACAGUCGUCAUAGUCCUGGAUCCCAAGAGGAGCAAUGCCAUUAACAUCGGCCUGACGGUGCUUCCGCCUGCCCAUAUCAUUAAGACAGCGAUUCUCAACUUUGAUGAGUUUGCUGUUAACAAGGAAGGAAUUGAGAAAAUCCUGACCAUGGUCCCAACAGAUGAGGAGAAGCAGAAGAUCCAAGAGGCACAGCUAGCCAAUCCAGAAGUCCCCCUCGGGUCAGCUGAACAGUUUCUGCUUACCCUCUCCUCCAUCAGUGACCUCACAGCCAGACUCCAGCUGUGGGCAUUCAAACUGGACUACGAAAGCAUGGAGCAGGAGAUUGCUGAACCUUUGUUUGACCUGAAACUUGGGAUGGAGCAGCUGGCCAAGAACUAUACCUUCAAGUGCAUCCUCGCCACUUUGCUGGCUACAGGCAACUUCCUGAAUGGUUCCCAGAGCAAGGGCUUUGAUCUGAGCUACCUGGAGAAAGUCUCUGAGGUGAAGGACACUGUGCACAGGCAGUCCUUGCUGCAUCACCUCUGCCAGAUGGUGGUGGAGAAGUUCCCAGAAACCACCAACCUCUAUUCGGAGAUCGCAGCCCUCACACGAUCAGCCAAAGUCGACUUUGAUGAACUUGCAGAUAGUCUGGUUCAACUGGAGCGAAGAUGCAAAGCAUCAUGGGACAGCCUGAAGGUGAUAACCAAACAUGAGUACAAAUCUGUUCUGAAGAGCAAACUGACAGACUUUCUGAAGGAAAGCACCCAGAAGAUCAUCAUCCUGAAAGUGGUGCACAGGCGUGUGCUGAACAGGUUUCACUCCUUCCUGCUGUACCUGGGCUACCCUACCAACGCAGUGCGAGAUGUGAAGGUGACUCGCUUCUGCAAGACCCUGCGGGAGUUCGCCCUGGAGUACCGCACCUGCUGGGAGCGCGUCCUACAGCAACAAAAGAAACGGGCUGCGCAUCGUGAGAGGAACAAGACCCGGGGCCGGCUGAUCACAGAGACAGAGAAGUUCUCCAGCAUUGCCAGCAGCACUGAGACCAGCUCCCCUGUGCCUGCAGUAUCUACUAGCCCCGAGCAGCAGGCUGAGGCAGGCCAUGAAAGCAUGAAGAGCAUGCUGAUCUCCUCCACAGAGACUCCUGCCCGGCGCAGCAGGGCCAGCCGAGGUGUGGGACAAUCCAGCCCCUCCAGUGGGUCCCCAGCUCAGGAGGACACUUCCAGUUCCCCUGAUGAUGCAUCGGAUGAAAUCAUGGAUCGUUUAGUGAAAUCUGUCACUCACAAUCCCAACCCACGGCCAGGUGCCGCCAAGGAACGCAAGAGGUCACGUGUGAACAGGAAGUCCUUGAGGAGGACCCUGAAGAGUGACCUCAGCGAGGACGUGGUGAAGGCACUGGGCCUGGCCCGGACUCCUGGUGUGGAUGUGUGAAGGCUGCCAUAGCAAGCAGAGUGUGUUGUGAAGGAGCCUGAGCAUGGCCUGUGCUGCUCCCCCCCUGUGCUGCUCCCCCCCUCGAGAGCGAAUGGAGCUGUGAGUGUGUGGGGAGCCCCCCUGCAGAGCCAGGACAGUGCUCUGUGUCAAAUAGGAAGUUGGGCAGGUGGUCACAGAGAUCAGGACACAUGAGGGGGCAUUGAGCCACUGGGGCUGAAGCCCCAGUUUGCUUGUCACCACAGUCCCUGCCUGGGCCCCAAAGCCUGUGCCAUGUGGUGGGGUCUCCUACAAAGGCUGCUGCUUUCCCUUCACUCUGCCACUCCCUUCCCACCCCCGCUUCAGGUAUCUGUGCCCUGCUGCCCACACAGCCCAGCUGUUGUGUGGUUUCCUGCCACAGUGCUGAAUCUUAAAGGGCUUUACCUCAGGGAUGUUGCAGCUUUUGAGCACCUAGCCAACAGCUGGGGAACUCCUUGUGCUUAGAGAGGGAAGUGCUGUGGGCCAAGCCAGCGUGGAGAGCAGCUGGAAGCAGUAGGGGUAGGGGACUGGAGAGAGUUUCUGAAGUGGAUGCUUGUGGUACCCCCCCACCCAGACACACCUUUGGGGAAAACCCCAUUUCCUUGUUUUGCCUCCUGCCCCUGCUUCCUUCCCUCCAGGACACUGCACUCUGGUACAUCUCUGAGCUGUCUCAUGGAUGCAGUCAGCUUUUACCUAGGGACAGGCUGCUGGCUCUUCUAUCUCAUGCAGUCCUCUGUUCAUAGUACAAGGCUUCUGCCCCAACAUGCAGAUGCCCCCUUGUUUGUAAGCUAAGGCAAGGGCAUUGUGUGUUGGCUUAGGCUGUGUGUGCUGAGGAGGGUGUCAUGUGCUCUGUCCCUGAUGGAGAGCUGAGCUGUCUGUGUGUGUGGUUGCUCUGGAUUUGUAGUCUGAACUAGGAUGGUGUGUGUGGUGGUCACCUACCACUAGCCCUGUAUCUGAGGUAGUCCCAGCCUCAGUGCUAUGGCUAGAGAAGGCCCAUGUCGUGUUAUAUGUGCUGACUGCACUGAAUAAAGACACUUGACAUUG